AGCUCCGGGUGCAGCUGUUGCAAGACCUGCAGGACUUCUUCCGCAAGAAGGCUGAGAUUGAGAUGGACUACUCUCGCAACCUGGAGAAGCUAGCCGAGCGCUUUCUAGCCAAGACACGAAGCACUAAGGACCAGCAAUUUAAAGACGUGCAGCUGCUUGGUUAAUUGCCUGUCGCUGUCUUCUCCAACUGCGAUUUGCUGAGUGUUGUGCACUUUGAGCAGGCUGCGCUCUUGGCUGUGGCCCGGUGCCUGUUGCAGAGCAUGUUGGAAAUGGAUGAAAGCUAAGUCCUCGAGUGUUUGGAAAUGAAAAUACUAAUAUUUCUCCCAUUUGCAUAGUGUUUUGUGUUGCUAAAGUUCUCUCGAAUCCAUCAUCUCAGCUGAUCUACAAUAACAGCCCUGCGGAAGGGCAAAUAAUAGACUGUAGACCCAGAAGGAAACCUCAGAAUAGCAGUGCAGAAGCUCUAGCCAUCCAAGCAUCAGGCUUGUGCUCCAAGGGCCAUAAAUGUGGCUGUGGUUAAUUAAUAGCCAUCCGUACUGGAGGAGCUUCUGGGAGCUUAGCAGUGAUCUAUUGAAGAUCUUUCAGGAGCUAGAUGGGCACUGUCCACUCUGUAGAUGACCUGGUAGGAAAUUGGUGGGACAAGUGUCUUUGUACGUGAGCUUACUAAAACAACUAGGAGAUAUGAGGGGGGAGAUAGUAAUUAAUAUACAGAUUUUAUGAUCGAGGGGCUGCUUUUUAUCUUGGUCAUCUUAGAGAUCUUUUUAGUCAUCUGUUCAGAAGUUUUUGAGCAUCCAUAAGUGUAAUCUCUACUGAGGGAGAAAAACUGGGCUCCUGUCUUCAAACUAAUCUUAGCGGUUCAGUUGUGCAGGUUUCUCUAGUGUGGUACCUUUGUAGUGACAAUCUCUUUUGUAGUUGUACACUGGUUUGUGACUUUCUGGGUUUCCUUUCUUUUGACUAAAGUCAUCUCUUAUGCAGCACAGUGGUAUUUUCUUGAUCUUCCUCCUGAAUUUUUUUUAAGUAAGGAAAACACUUCUGGAUACUUUGUUUGCUUUUUAGGGAUGGGUUUAAGGAGGUUCACGGCUGUGUUCCAGCACAGUCCUAAGAGACGCAAACCCUUUAAAUGUCCAGGGAUUGUACAGCCUGAGACUUGGGGUUGGGGACAGGAAAGUAAAGACAAUGUACUAACAAAUGUUAGAUGGAAAAGAUAUAUAGACAGAUUUUAAUCUCCUAAACAAAUAAAGUUCUCCCAGUUUCAUUGGCUACAAAUCAAACAAGCUGCAGAACUGCUAGAGCAGGAGGCCGUACUCUCAGAGCCUUGCUACUCUCCUAGGAAAGCAUGUCUGACUGGCUUGCUUGUUUUCCAGCCUGAAGAGUGUUGCGGCUUUGUUCUUAUCAGCCAGGAAAAUUGCCUGUGUAGUGUACUUACUUCUCCCUUCUCCACAGUCUCUUCACCUUUCUUGUCCUGACAUGGCCUGAAAAGAAAAAGCAUCUAUUUGUAUGAGAAUAGUGUCUGAGAAAUAAUUCAGAUUUAUAGAAUCCAGACACUGCGUUAAAAGCUAUAGUACUAUUAAAAGACUGCAACUCCUGGAAGAAACGAGGUAGCUGUUGAUACUGGCUUGUGUCUGCUGUUGUCUUCUGUGGCAGGGUCCUUCUGUGUGUCCGUCUGGUCAGCCCACACUAACUUCAGAUUCUGACCCUUACACCUCUACCCUGGAUGCGGGGCUUAUAGCCACCGUGCCUGGUCAUAGACUAGACAGACACAGAGAGAGAACACGAUAUUUUUAAACUACAGCGUUUUAGAGUUUAUCAGAAUCAGUCAUUAUGAACGAUGAGGCUGUGUUUAUGAAUUAAGAAUAUUGAUACCAGAAAUAUGACUAAAAGUAGUUUUCUGUAGUUUCCUCAUCACCAUUAUUUCUGUGUUUGGUUUAGAUUCUUCACUAUUAAUAAAGUCCUGCAGGAUGGAGAUAUGGCUCAGCAGUAGAGUGUUUGCCUAGAAUGUACAAGACCCUGGUUCAAUCCACAGACGCUCUUGCCACGCCUCCAAUUUUUUUUAAUAGGAAGGACCAGAAUGUUCUCUCUCCAGUCAACUGCUGGAACCUCCUCUUAAACCAGGUGAAGCGGGAGAGCAGGGAUCAUACCACCCUGAGUGACAUCUACCUGAAUAAUAUAAUUCCUCGAUUUGUUCAAGUCAGCGAGGACUCAGGAAGACUCUUUAAAAAGAGUAAAGAAGUUGGCCAGCAACUCCAGGAUGACUUGAUGAAGGUCCUGAACGAGCUUUAUUCGGUCAUGAAGACAUAUCACAUGUACAAUGCUGACAGCAUCAGUGCUCAGAGCAAACUAAAGGAAGCAGAGAAGCAGGAAGAGAAGCAAAUUGGCAAAUCAGUAAAGCAAGAGGACCGGCAGACCCCUCGCUCCCCUGACUCCACGGCCAACGUCCGCAUUGAGGAGAAACAUGUCCGGAGGAGUUCAGUGAAGAAGAUCGAGAAGAUGAAGGAGAAGCGACAAGCCAAGUACACAGAGAACAAGCUGAAGGCCAUUAAAGCCCGGAAUGAGUAUUUAUUGGCUUUGGAGGCAACCAACGCAUCUGUCUUCAAGUACUACAUCCAUGACCUGUCUGAUAUUAUUGAUCAGUGUUGUGACCUCGGCUACCAUGCUAGCCUGAACCGGGCUCUACGCACUUUUCUGUCUGCUGAAUUAAAUCUGGAACAAUCAAAACAUGAAGGUCUGGAUGCUAUUGAAAAUGCAGUGGAAAACCUAGAUGCCACCAGUGACAAGCAGCGGCUCAUGGAGAUGUACAAUAAUGUUUUCUGCCCCCCUAUGAAGUUUGAAUUCCAGCCCCACAUGGGAGAUAUGGCCUCUCAGCUCUGUGCCCAGCAGCCUGUCCAGAGUGAGCUGGUGCAAAGACGCCAACAACUGCAGUCUCGCUUAUCCACUCUGAAGAUCGAGAAUGAAGAGGUGAAAAAGACGAUGGAGGCCACCCUGCAGACCAUACAGGACAUCGUGACUGUUGAGGAUUUUGAUGUAUCUGACUGCUUCCAGUAUAGCAAUUCCAUGGAGUCUGUCAAAUCAACUGUCUCAGAAACGUUCAUGAGCAAGCCUAGCAUUGCUAAGAGGAGAGCUAACCAGCAGGAGACGGAACAGUUCUAUUUCACGAAAAUGAAGGAGUACUUGGAGGGUAGGAACCUCAUCACUAAAUUACAAGCCAAGCAUGACCUCCUGCAGAAGACCCUGGGAGAAAGUCAGCGGACAGACUGUAGUCUUGCCAGGCGAAGCUCAACCGUGAGGAAACAGGACUCCAGCCAGGCAAUUCCUCUGGUGGUAGAAAGCUGCAUCCGGUUUAUUAGCAGACAUGGCCUACGACAUGAGGGGGUUUUCCGGGUGUCUGGGUCACAAGUAGAAGUGAACGACAUAAAGAACGCCUUUGAGAGAGGAGAGGACCCCCUGGCUGGGGACCAGAAUGACCAUGACAUGGACUCCAUAGCUGGCGUCCUCAAGCUUUACUUCCGGGGGCUGGAACACCCGCUCUUCCCCAAAGACAUCUUCCAUGACUUGAUUGCCUGUGUCACAAUGGACAACCUGCAAGAGAGAGCUGUGCAUAUCCGGAAAGUCCUUCUGGUCCUGCCCAAGCCCACUCUGAUUAUCAUGAGAUACCUCUUUGCCUUCCUCAAUCACUUAUCACAGUUCAGUGAAGAGAACAUGAUGGACCCCUACAACCUUGCCAUCUGCUUCGGGCCCUCACUGAUGUCAGUGCCAGAGGGCCACGACCAGGUGUCCUGUCAAGCCCACGUGAAUGAACUGAUCAAAACCAUCAUCAUCCAACAUGAGAACAUUUUCCCAAAUCCCAGGGAGCUGGAGGGUCCCAUCUACAGCAGAGGAGGGAGCAUGGAGGAUUACUGUGACAGCACUCAUGGAGAGACUAUCUCUGCCGAAGACUCCACCCAGGACGUUACAGCGGAACACCACACAAGUGACGAUGAGUGUGAGCCCAUUGAAGCCAUUGCCAAGUUUGACUACGUAGGCCGGACAGCCCGAGAACUGUCUUUCAAGAAGGGAGCAUCCCUGCUGCUUUACCAGCGAGCCUCUGACGACUGGUGGGAAGGCCGGCACAAUGGUAUAGACGGACUCAUCCCCCAUCAGUACAUCGUAGUCCAAGACACCGAGGACGGUGUCGUGGAGAGGUCCAGCCCCAAGUCUGAGAUUGAGGUCAUGUCUGAGCCACCUGAAGAAAAGGUGACAGCCAGAACGGGGGCCAGCUGUCCCAGUGGGGGUCAUGUAGCUGAUAUUUAUCUUGCAAACAUCAACAAGCAAAGGAAGCGUCCAGAAUCUGGGAGCAUCAGAAAAGCAUUUCGGAGUGACAGCCAUGGGCUGGGCAGUUCUCUGACUGACUCCUCCUCCCCGGGGGUGGGGGCUAGCUGCCGUCCAUCCUCCCAGCCCAUCAUGAGCCAGAAUCUCCCCAAGGAAGGGCCAGAUAAGUGUUCCAUCAGCGGCCAUGGCAGCCUCAACUCUAUCAGCCGCCACUCAUCCUUGAAGAACCGGAUGGACAGUCCACAGAUCCGAAAGACUGCCACGGCAGGAAGGUCAAAAAGCUUCAAUAACCAUCGGCCCAUGGACCCCGAAGUCAUUGCACAGGAUAUUGAAGCAACAAUGAACUCUGCCCUGAAUGAGCUUCAAGAGCUAGAGCGGCAGAGCAGUGCUAAGCACACACCUGAUGUGGUUCUGGACACCUUGGAACCCCUCAAGACCUCCCCAGUUGUAGCCCCCACAUCUGAGCCCUCCAGCCCCCUGCACACCCAGCUCCUCAAGGACCCUGAGCCUGCCUUCCAGCGCAGUGCCAGUACUGCUGGGGAUAUUGCCUGCGCCUUCCGGCCUGUCAAGUCUGUCAAGAUGGCUGCUCCAGUCAAACCACCAGCCACACGGCCCAAACCAACUGUCUUCCCCAAAACAAAUGCCACUAGCCCUGGUGUCAACUCAUCUGCUUCCCCACAGUCCACUGACAAGUCUUGUACUGUCUAAGGGGUAUAACGUAAUUAUUCUAGACAAGGAGACUGGCCGUUUUUAAAAUCUUCCUAUUUAACUAGCUUGGGGACUCGGUUGAAAAUUAGGUUCUAAGUUGUUCUUACAGGAAUUAGCCUUCCCAUUACCCAGACCUUGAGAAUGAAGCCCUUGUUACUGCUUUCCCCUUUCUGGUCCCUCCCUCUGCUCUUUGCUUCCCUCUGUUGUUAUAAUCCAACCAGCUCCAGUACAUACUCUUCUUAGGUUAGCCAGUGGCAGGCUCUCCUUUAUCGGGUUGCUGUGAUACCUGCCAAAACAAGACACGGGACAUGGGCCUGUCCUCUGUCCCUUCAGACCAUAGAGGACACCUUGACCAGAUGUUCGGCUGCAGCCAGUCAGCUCUCAGUGGCAUCUUGGUUUUCAGUACUGACUUAAAAACUCAUAUAUAGCCCAGUUUUCAUUUUAUAUAAAUAUAUAUAUGUGUGUGUGUAUGCGCGUGCACAUGCACACCUAUACACACACACAGGUUUUUCUGGUCUCUGGUGUAGCCUCUCUGGUCUCCUCUCUUUGUUGUGGUGGCAGUUCACACAGAAGCCACCAGGAGUCUCUGUUCUCAUCACAAACUUUGUGCUGUUUGGAACAGAGAAACCUGGCCUUUGAAAUCUCUCUGUCGUAAAAAUUGAGCAGAAUGGGACAGCCCUAUGAUCUGAUGUGCGGGGGGUCCUGUCUUCUUCCUCUCGCGUGAGUUAGUCACUGGUUGCUCCCAUUUGCUCUGCUCCGUUCUGUAGAAGUGCAUCCCAGUCUGAUUACAGAGCUUUUGAAGUGUUUCUGAACAUAGAGACUUUUCUUCUGUUCCUGUCUUUGUCUCUGACACAAUUCUCCAUGUAAGAUGUUUUCCAAUAUAAGACAGUUCUAUAGCUAGUUCCUUUUAGAGUUAAAAGGUCUUAAUUAAAGUUUUAUUGUGUUUAUAACAGGUUUGAAAAGGGUAGGAAAUGGGUCCUUCUUCCUCCCACCAUUUUUGGCAUUUAAAACUUUUAAAAUUCACCACUCCAUUAAAAAGAAAAUUAAGUUGCUCUCUUCUAAUCCAAAAAUCUGCCCAGAUUAAAACUAUUUCAAGUUCACCUCUUGGCUUAGUUUUUUUUGUUUUUUGUUUUUUGUUUUUUUUAAUCAAACUCUGUCUGGAUGAAUAGGGGCUUGAAAAGCCCUUGACAAAUUCUUAAAGUACUGCCUCUUGAAACUGUUUUGUCUAUCCAAACAAGGAUGACUAAGGGAACUUUGACCCCCACAAACUCAAUAUUGCUUAAAUCUUUAAAAAGGGAAAAAUUGAAUGUCUCCCAUUGGGUCCUGCCUUUGGCUUUUUUCAGAUGUGCUACCAUUGAAUGCUCUCCCAGCCUACAAGCCUGGUGCUUGGAACACCUACUCCUCUUACCCCGUGCUAAAUCAUACUUUGGGAUCCUGUGUUUCAACAGCGCCUUGCAACUCAGGCUCUUUCUUCCUGUUUCCUGAUGUGAAUGCUAUGCUUUGACCAUAUUGUUUUUCUAUAGUUCAAGAGAAAUGGGUUUGCCAUUCGGGUUGGAAAAUCUGAGUGUUCUUAGAUUUGAGCUAGAAAUGAUCCUGCUGGACCACUUGCGAAGCUGGUAGUUGGAUCUGUAGAAAGUGGUGGAUGUCUCUCUCUGGGUGAAGGGAUGGGAGCCUGAAGGAGUCACUAAGGAGAAGAGUAACUUGCAGCACCAGGAGAUGGCUCCCAAAGCUAGAGAAGAGCGCCCUAGCACUCCAUGAGUAGCGUGAGUCUGACUGCGUGGGGCACCCGUGGUCCUUUGGAUGUUGGUUCUUAGUGUUCUUUUCCACUGACCUGGGCUUGUGCUGCUCCUGAGCCAGUAGGGGCUCCAGACCCAAGGAUCCAUUUCCUUGCUGAACAUGAAGCUCCACCCUUUACUUUGUACAUUCCUCCUCAUCCGAGUGAUCAGUUUCCAGCCUGCCCUUUACCCUCUCUCUCCAGGACACCACCUUCUAAGAAGGAAAAAGCAGAGGUUCUUGAAGACCAUACUUUGGGCCUGCUCUGUUUUUCUCUCUUAACCCUGUACAUUAUUUGUGUUCUUCACCCCUUCGGUCCAUGUCCAUCUGCUGAUUUGCAUAAUGAACUGGACAGUGUCCAAGUGGUUCCCUACUAACCCCAGCUCUGGGAGCCUAGCUGUCUUCCUUAUCUCUGGUGCUUCUGACGCCUGUGAGAUGGUCCUGUUAAAAGGAGUAGGAACCAAAAGGAGGAGAGUCCUCCUCAGCAGAGCUCACUUCAACUGGAAUUGAGGUUGCACACUGUGAUUUCACAACCAAAAGCCAAAAGGAGCCGGCCACCCCAGGCCUUGGGCAACCAGCCUUCCUCAGAUAGGCUUGCCCGAAACCAGCAUGAUGCUUCCAAGAGCCCUGCUCUGCCCCUCGUGGCAUGGAUCCUUUCCCUGGUAUGGACUUAAGUCUCUGGGGAAGAAAAGUGGGUGGGGCUACCAGCAUCCCAGUUUGGAAGGUAGAGGAGUUUGCCACCAGCAGCUUAUAAACUGGAAAUGCUGGUCUCUGCCAGCCUCUUCAGCCACCCUCAUUUAUCCCCAAGGAGAUGCGAAAUCCUUCCAGUACCAGGAUGAACAGACAGACCACUGGAAGGGCUGGUGUGCAUGGACUUCGGUUCAGAAGAGAACUUAGAUCUUCCAGGGAACUGCAGUGUCGUGGCGUCUGAUUUGUAUGUCACAUUUGUGUAAAAUGGUAUGUUCUUUAAAAUGGUGUUGAUAACUGGAAUAUUGUAUGUAUGCUUGAAGAUGCUUUGUGUGAACCUAAGACUCACUCAGCUGAUGUUGGAUUGGGGAAAAUCCAAAGCACAACUUCAAAAUAAAAUACAUUUUUAGGUUUC